AUGACGCUCAUCGACGAGAAGAAAGCUGGUAUACGUCGCAAGGCUGUUCCUGCCACUCGUCCUCCACCAAGUGUUCCUCGUACUUCCUUCAGUGACGCUCCAGAGCUUGUCACACCAGAUAUCGCCCCUUCAAAUGUCCCUCCUCCUCCUCCUGUUGCGCCUUCAAACAGGGCCGCUCCAGAUGUCGUCAUGACCGAUAGCCGCAAUGCAAACAGCAUCUCUCUAAUCCCAGAUGAUCCUAUACUUGUCGAUGAGGAUGCUCCUCCAGCGUAUAGCGAGCAUCACGAUCAAUUCUCUCUUCACCAAGCAGGUUUCGACGCUGGAGCUGCUGUUACGGAUGACGGCCGAGUCGACAUCAACAUCAACCAGACGAGCCGGCUUUUGGCAGACAUUCUCGCUCCAGCCUUGCGCACUCAGCUAAAACAAGAUGCUGAGGUUGAGCCUUUGCCACCUGCCUACAUUCCACCUAGUUUGGGUGGCUUACCUGGCCAGACCCCUCCACCUCGAUUAAAUGUCGUCAUUCAAAUUGUAGGAUCACGGGGUGAUGUACAGCCCUUUAUUGCACUAGGGCUCGUCCUCAAGAAUACAUAUGGCCAUAGGGUCAGAGUGGCUACGCACGGCACUUUCCAGAAGUUUGUUGAAGAGAACGGCCUAGAGUUUUUCAACAUUGGAGGUGACCCUGCUGAGCUUAUGGCCUUUAUGGUGAAGAAUCCAGGACUAAUGCCCGGUAUUGAUGCGCUUAAAAGCGGAGAGAUCGCCAAACGAAGGAAGGGUAUCGAAGAUAUUGUUCUCGGUUGCUGGAGGUCUUGUAUAGAGACGGGAGAUGGCACUGGCCCACCACCACGAUUCGACCGUCGAAGCAAAGAAGGCAAAGAAGACGAUUCGGACCCAAUUAUAGACAUCUCAGUUGAGAGUUCAGGGCAUAAGCCGUUUGUUGCAGAUGCUAUCAUAGCAAACCCGCCGAGUUUUGCCCAUAUCCACGUGGCAGAAAAGCUAGGAGUGCCUCUGCACUUGAUGUUCACCAUGCCUUGGUCACCUACAAGGGCAUUUCCACAACCGCUGGCAAACAUUCAGUCUUCGAACACGGACCCGGUAACCACGAAUUUCCUUUCCUACACAUUGGUGGAAAUGAUGACAUGGCAGGGACUCGGAGACGUAAUCAAUCGGUUCCGGACGAAGAUUCUUGAUCUUGAGCCCCUCUCUAUCAUCUGGGCACCCGCUCUAUUAACUCGUCUCCAAAUCCCCUACACUUAUUGCUGGUCUCCGGCUCUGAUCCCUAAACCGAACGAUUGGGGCCAACACAUCGAUGUUGCUGGAUUCUACUUUUUGAACCUAGCAUCAUCUUAUGUACCAGAUCCCGAAUUGGCAGCGUUUCUCGAGGCAGGACCGCCCCCUGUCUACAUUGGAUUUGGCUCCAUUGUCGUGGAUGACCCCAACGCCCUCACUCGAACGAUUUUCGAUGCGGUUGCAGAGACUGGAUGUCGAGCUCUUGUUUCGAAAGGGUGGGGUGGUUUAGGAGCAGACUCAGUCGGCAUUCCGGGUGGCGUUUAUAUGCUGGGAAAUGUUCCUCAUGACUGGCUGUUCCAGCACGUCUCAGCCGUUUGCCAUCACGGAGGUGCCGGAACUACAGCUGCAGGAAUUAAUGCAGGGAAGCCUACCAUCGUCGUGCCCUUCUUCGGAGAUCAACCUUUCUGGGGUGCUAUGGUAGCCAGGGCCGGCGCUGGGCCUGACCCUAUCCCUUACAAGAGACUUACUGCCGACAAUCUAGCCGAGGCUAUUAAAUUCGCGACUAAACCAGAAACCCUGGAGAGAGCUCGUGAAUUGGGACGAAGAAUAAGGGAAGAAAAGGGCACUGACGUUGGAGCCCAGAGCUUUCACAAAUUUCUCAAGGUAGACAGGCUCCGCUGUGCUUUAGCUCCCAGUCGGGUUGCUGUGUGGCGACUACGACGCACCCACGUCCAUCUUAGCCAGUUGGCAGCAGCAGUUCUUGUGAAACACGGAUAUCUUCGGUACUCUGACCUGAAGCUAUUUCGCGCAAACGAAUACAGUACCGAGGACCAUCCGACAGAUCCUAUUUCAGCGUGUACGUCGGCGCUUGUGGGUGAUUUUAGUACUAUUGCCAUGUCCGCAGCAGACUUUCCCCGAGAUGUUUUCAAAGCCGCAAGAGGUAAAGGCAAAUCGACAGAGAAAUUAGUGGAAGACCCAUCUGCAGAGACUUCACAAGACGGCGAUAGCAAUGCACUUACUCGUGCAAGCCGAGCAGGCUCAACUGCGACAUUGCCUCAAUCCUCCGGAGGUAGUGCAUCGUCGAAUGCCCUAGGCAUGCAACCUGAGAUUAAUAGUAGUCAACCUAGUCUGGCACCUGCUUCGGGUACUUCGGGGCACUCGAGGACACCUUCGGAGUCAAAUCCUGCCUCCCACCAACGUGCUGGCAGCAAGAACGAGAACUUAGAGAGAGCUCUCGGUGCUGGUAGGAGUCUUAACAAUAUUGUGGCGACUGGUAUGAAGAGUCCCAUGAACUUUUGCUUAGGGCUCGCAAGAGGCUUCCGGAAUGCACCAACCCUAUAUAAUGAUGAUACUGUUCGUCCUGUGGAAAAGGUCACCAGUUUCACCAGCGGCCUGAAGGUUGCCGGAAAAGAAUUCGGGUUCGGAAUCUUUGAUGGAAUCACUGGUUUGGUGACUCAGCCCAUCCGAGGCGCAGAAAAGGACGGUGGCAUGGGAUUAUUGAAAGGGUUCAGCAAGGGUAUUGGAGGCUUUAUGCUGAAGCCCGCAGCGGCUUUAUGGUCCAUUCCAGCAUACACCAUGCAGGGUGUCCACGCAGAAAUUCGGAGCUUAUUCGCCCAAAGUGCUCAGAAAUAUAUUAUCGCUUCCCGGAUUGCUCAAGGCCAGCAUGAUUUCAACGAAGCAUCACCACAGGAACGCGAGGAUAUUGAAGUUCGAUGGAUUGCCCAGAAAGAAAAGAUGAAGAGCUUCUAUUCUUGGAAACAGAAAGAAAAGGGGAAAGCCAAGGAAGAAUCUCCGGCUCCACAGGAACAUGGUGCUACUAUCACGGAGCGCAUUGCGACUAACGAACAAAGGCCGGGUUGGCGAAAUUCGUGGAAUAUGACUCCAGCAGAACGUGCGCGGUUGCACGAACAGAAAAAGUCGUGGAAAGAUGAACGAGCAGGAGCGGCCGCGAGAGGCGGGACAUUUAUUGAAGAGGUUCGUCCCGUUUCUGGCCAUAAUGGUGCAAAUCAACAUGACGACGAGUUCGAGCAAGCGAUUCUGACUGCUGUACGAGAAACUUCUAAGGGAGAUGCAACCGAGGAUUCCAGGAUCGAGCACGCCAUCAGGUCUAGUGUACAAGCAAUAAGGCGACGAUCAACAACAAUGCAGUCAUUCGCCUCGGCCUCUUCCCGAGCCUCUAGCGCCCAGGACUCUGGAUACCUUUCCGACAUUAAACGACCCGUACUAGAGGAAGCUAAUAAGAAUGCCCCGGGAUCAGCUCAUGUGCCAGAGGAUAUACUGGAUAUUACGGAUGAGGAGUACCAGGCCCUAAUCGAACAAGCGGUAGCCCUUAGUAUCUCGGAUUCGCAGCAUAGAGGAACGCGAAGAGUUGACUCUGACGAUAGCGAAGAGGAUGAGGACUUUAAGCAAGCUCUCGUGCGAUCUCAGACAGACCGUAGUCUUAGUCACGAAAACGAUGAAGACGAUGAGGAAUACAAGAAGGCAAUUCAGAUUUCGGAGAAGGAACUUGAAAACAACGGCGUUGACGAAGAAGAGGAGCUUCGAAAAGCUAUCGAGGCUUCCCAAGCCGAGCAAAAUACUAACGGCGGCGACGACGAAGAAGAACUACGUCGCGCUAUCGAGGAGUCGGAACGAGCGCACAGGGAGGACUUGGCACGGGCUUCGUCGCUGCGCACUGAAGAGGACAUUGUACUCGAAUACGUCAAGAAACAGAGUCUUGCGGAAGCGGAGUUCCGAAAAACAAGGGGAGCUGAGGGUGGUGCUAGUGGGGAUGUUGACAUGGACGAGGAGCUGAGACGCGCGCUGGAGGAGAGUAUGAAGUCACAGGAGAGUGUUGGUCGCGGCGGUGGAGGUGGGCCGUCGAAGUUGGGUUGA